GUUCAGUGUUUUGAGUCAUCAAUAAUGCACUCGUGUAAUUAUUUGCCGGUCAGUCGGUGAAACGUUACCAGUUCUUACACUUCACUUUCGAUACAGUUGCCGUGUUUAAAUAACAAUGACAUUUUUCAAGAAACGUGAGCAUCAUUUCCAACCGAUCAGAGCAGAUGGUAAAAUUGACACCAUGCCGUUUCUGUUAGCUGCGGAGGAUAACAUCCUGCCUUUUUUUGAUGUCAUGGGCUCUACAGCAUUUUAUCCGGUGAAGUCGGACAUUGCUGGAAACAUCACAAAAUUAACAAAGAAGUAUGAACUUGAUCCUGAGAAAUACAGUACGCUACAAGACAUGGUUGAUUGUGAAAUAGAAGCCAAAACUAUCACAGAUAAGGGCUCUGCCACAGACGCCCUUAUAUGGCUUAAACGGGCCCUACAGUUUAUACAUGGAUUUGUUCAGAAUCUUCUGGAUGGUGUAAAUGACGGUGAAAGUCUACGUCCUUGUGCAAUGAAAUCAUACGAUGCAAAUUUAAAACCAUAUCAUGGAUGGAUGGUCCAGAAUAUCUUCUCACUUAUCACACGAGCAGUACCAAACCGCAAAGAUUUUAUAGAAGGAUUGGCACAGGGAGAAAAGGAAGAAGCAGUACUUGACGAUCUCAGGGAAUUUUUAGUUUUAUUUGGUAAAAAUAUUGACGUAAUUGUGGAGAUGUAUAAAUCAAAAGACCUUGAUAUGCAAUUUAAAGUCUAGGUUCUACUGAUGUGAUGAAUCGUGAUAAGUUUACAUUU